GUUUGGAGUAUUUUUAUCCGAAGUGGAUAUUUUCGAACCCCCAUCGUACCUGCAAUUUUUACACUCGAAGAAUAAAAAAGGGGAAGAAUCAAAAACAUCAGACGGAAAUUAAAAAGAGAGAGAAAAUACGCCAUUUUUAAACCAUCAAUAGCUGACUAAAAUUAUAUUUGUCUCACCACUAUGGAUUCUAACCCGUCCUCGCCAACCCAAGAAAGUAAUGAAAUGAAGGCUGAAUUUCGCAAGAUUACCAAUGACACAGCCAAUCGGAAAUAUAGGCGUCACUCCCCGGUUUCUGGAUCUUCUGGUGAAGAUGGGAGCCCAAAACGUGAUCACAGCUCAAGAGCCAAAAAUGAGAGAAGGAACAAUGAUAAAGUUGAUGACGGAAGGUCCAGCCGGAGCCAACAUGGCCGUGGCAGUGAUUCUUAUAGACAUUCUUCAAGAGGUGAUAGACAUGAUGAUUACUCUAGGUAUGGGAAGCAUGCAGAUGAAGACGACAGAAGUCUUGCAAAAGCAUCUGUUCGGUCAGGACGAGAGUCAAGAGAAGGCACUAAUUCUGACUAUAGAGAUCGAGAAAGUGACUAUAAUAGGACUAGAGACCGCUACAGAGAUGUGGACAGGUAUGCAAGAGGUAGGUCUGAUAGGACCAGAUAUGAUGGGAGGCGUGGAGAUAGGUUUGAUGACCGUGAUAGGCAUUCUAGGGAUAGAGAUUAUCACCAUGAUGAGAAGAGGGAGUACAGGAGUUCUAGGGGGCACAGCUCAAAAAAGGAAACUAGUGAUAUGAAGGAUUUAGAAGGUUCAAAGGUCAACCAGGAGAAGAGUAAUAGCGAGGGGCUUGACAGACUUGAAGAUAGGCAUGUUAGAGCUAGAGGAAGGUCCGAAGACAGAUCUGCUUUUGUGAGUGAAGCUUCCAAAAGGACUAAGUUCAGCUUGGGCAGUGAUGACAAGAAAGCAGAUGAAAGACAAUCAUCAGGUUCAAAGCAAAGUGAGGAUUUUGCGGCUAAAGUAUCACCUGAGCAAGGCAUUGUUUCUGGUGAUGAGUCUGCUACAAGCGUGGAUGCUGCUAAAGUUGCUGCCAUUAAAGCUGCUCAAUUAGUUAAUCAGAACCUUACAAGUACGGGGUUCAUGACCGCUGAUCAGAAGAAGAAGCUACUAUGGGGGAAUAAAAAGAGUCAUACUGCUGAAGAGCCUAGUCAUCACUGGGAUACAUCUCUUUUUUCUGAUCGUGAACGACAAGAGAAGUUCAACAAACUCAUGAGUCUGAGGUUGCCUUGGUACAUAUGGCCAAUUGUAGGGUGUGAAAGGCGAAGUGAAGGCGGACACGGAACCUCUGAGCAGUCAAGAUGCAGAGAAGCAGAGAGAGCAGCUUCAGCUGGAUCUAGAGAAGCAAUACACUGCUGGGCUCCGACGAAGAGAUGGUCGCACUGUAGGGUUAGGUCUCUAAAAUCUUACUUUGGUGUCUGUCUUACAGCUGAGACGUUAUUCAGCCAAUUAAUAUGUUUCGUUUGUAUGAGAAUUUUGUUGAGCGUAGUAUUUUACUGUUUGAAGGUUAUGAGAAUUCUAGGUUUCUAUAAGCUAUUUCAUAUUGCUUUCCUCUGUUUAUUAAUUGCCAGUUCUGUGAAUCAAUGCUGUUCAUUUCAGAUUUGUGCUUCAUUAGCCGACUGUUUAGAUCCUAAAGUUGUGGAUAAUGAUUUUGCUUUAGAGUUUGGACUGUUACAGAGCAAACUAAUUUUGAUCAGUCACUAGGAAAAAAACACCCCA